AUGAUUCCACCCGAGCUCUUGGCUGCCCUGUCCGCCCCCACCGUUCUAAGCCUUCCCAGGCCGCUGCCGGUGGAGGAGAACCCGGGGAAGGCCGGCACCUUCACCCCCAGUACUGUGCGCUUCUCCCGGGAUCACCAGUUCUUCGAGGAUGGAGAUGUUCAUCGCCACUUAUACCUGGAAGAUGUGCUGACAGGCAUUGGAGAAGUAGAAGAGAGAUCGAAGGUGUCGGAGUUUCAGUGUCAGACGGCGGGUUGCUCUCAGGUCUUUGACACUCUAGAAUCAUAUGAACAUCAUUACAACACCCUGCAUCGAAAUGUCUGCUCCACCUGUAAACGCUCCUUCCCAUCUGCCCGACUCCUGGACAUUCACAUCUUGGAGUGGCACGAUUCCUUAUUUGAGAUUAUGGCAGAGAAAACCAAUAUGUUCCAGUGUUUAGUUGAAGGAUGUGUGGAGAAAUUUAAAACCAGUGGGGAGCGGAAAAACCAUUUGAUCAAGACUCACCUGUAUCCUUCUGACUUCCGAUUUGACAAGCCUAAGAAAUCUAAUAACAAAAAAAAACUAGACAGUAACACAGCCAAAGAACUUUCCAUGGACAUUACACCUGAUGACAGGCCUGUGGUAGAAUCCAUGGAGAUCAGUGAAAUGCCUGCUAGUGACAGCACUACUUCACAUACCUAUAGCAAGUCCAGGGUUCCUUCUACAAUCUGCUUUGGGCAUGGAUCUGUGAGAGGAUUCAGACAUACAAAGAAAAAGAAGUGAAAAUCUCAAGUUAAAGACAAAAAAUUAACUGAAA